AUGGUCAAACACUGGAUGCCUGUAAUGGAGUUUAAAGCCUACAAACCUUCUCAAGUUUUAUACACAAAACAAUCAUUGUUCACAGACACCAGCAUGUGGGAAGCCUUCGAUGAGAUAAUAAGGCCAUCCGGUCUUCAAAAGCCUUACACAAGAAAAGAUGGCAGGGGUUUUUG